AUGGGUUUCUUCACGUCGUCAUUUUUUGCAUUAAACCUCUUCGUUCUUGUUGACUAUGUCCAGGCGAAGACGGAUUUCCCAACACCCCUGAGCGAGGCUCACCCAGAUCUCAAGACGGACGACGGCGUCACUUUCGACCCUCUCGGCGUAGCGGCAAUUCUUUACAAUGAGCGUGCUGACAGAAGCGCAGCAAGGCUCUAUACCCAGUACGAUCAAAACCUCUUCAUAUGGCCACAUAUGACCAUGAUCGGGGGGACUCUCCCUCCGAUGCAGAUGCUGGUUGAGCGCUUGACAGCGCCGUUCAAGUGGAUCCACCCUGCCAUCAAGAUGUGUGCCAAGGACACAAGGAUGCUCUCGAUUCGGUCCGAUAUUUCUGGCAACGUCUUCCGACAGUUACCCUAUAACCUGAGCAAUACCUGGCUCAGUGAUAUUGUCUCAUUUGAGCCUUCAAAACACCCCGGCAAUGAUUUUGCGAUUGUGUAUGUGGACUCGGUCCAUCGAAAGCGCAGGGGAACCGAUUCUACCGAGGGCCCGGAAAGUCAAGACCACGAAGAAGAAUUCCUCAUUCGCUCACAGAUUGGAAAUAUCCGGUGGCAGGCCGGAAGAUGGACUCUGAACUUGCUCUCCGUCAUCAACGGAGCAAUGGUCUUGACCGGGAUGGUCUUUGGUAUUCUUCUGGCAGACAUAUGGGCGUUCACCCUUUUUCUCCUUUAUAGUUUCCACUGGGGUGCCUCAGUGGCUAUUUCACUCACCCCCAUGGUCACUAUUCACACACCUUCUCGAAUCGAUCCGGAGUCCAGCGAUCGAUUUGCAGUCUACGAACGCGAGGAAGGCGGAACCGUUAUCUUCAAAGGUCCACAGAGAACACUUGAGACUUGGGCGCGAUCAACCUGGGAGUACAACCCAACUUGGGCCAAAGACAGCCUACACUGGCUGUGGAUUAUCACCGGGUCACUUUGCGGCAUUGCAUCCGUUGCCUGUAUGGUCAAUAUGCAUGGCAACAUGCAGCUCGGCUUCCUGGGCGUAUUGGUAUAUGCUUCAGUGGCUGAGAUCGCCGCGACACGAAUUGCACGGAUCCUGCAAACCAAAGCUCGUGGUCAAAUUUUCAAAGCAGCCGUACUUGAGAAUUCAACCCGUUCCCUGGCCAUCAUCCGGGCGACCCUCGAAGUCACGCCUCGUUGUCGGUUAACGGGUCUCGAUUGGAUUAAAAUGGGCCUGCUUCCCGAUAUGCUGGUUUUCCGGGAAAUGCAAGCGCUUUUAAGGGACACCAGCGCAAUGUUGGGAGAUGACAAAGGGAAACCCGAAGCAUUCACAGUUGACGGUCGGGAUUCAGCUAUCAAAGACAGGUGCUCAAUGUUCCUUGACAAUAUCAACGCCAAUGAUCCAGCGCGUGGAGCUUUGGCCAUGAGAAUACGAAACGAGGUUUACGAGACGUUGAAGUUGGGCGAAGAGGAACACUUGCAGCCCAAGGAAUAA